AUGGGUGAAGUACUAGCUAUCAAAGCACCACAGGAUGCACCACAGGAUGCACCACAUGAUACACUACAGGAUGCACCACAGGAUGCACAAAAGGAUGCACCACAGGAUGCACCUCAGGAUGCACCACAGGAUGCACCACAGGAUGCUCCAGAGGAUGCACCAGAAGAUGCACCACAGGAUGCACCACAGGAUGCACCACAUGAUACACUACAGGAUGCACCACAGGAUGCACAAAAGGAUGCACCACAGGAUGCACCUCAGGAUGCACCACAGGAUGCACCACAGGAUGCUCCAGAGGAUGCACCAGAAGAUGCACCACAGGAUGCACCACAGGAUGCACCACAGGAUGCACCACAGGAUGCUCCAGAGGAUGCACCACAGGAUGCACCACAGGUUGCACUAGAGGAUGCACCACAGGAUGCACCAGAGGAUGCACCACAGGAUGCACCACAGGAACCACCACAGGAUGCACCACAGGAUGCACAAAAGGAUGCACCACAGGAUGCACCAAAAUAUGUAGCACUGGAUGUACCACAGGAUGCACCACAGGAUGCACUACAGGAUGCACCACAGGUUGUACCAGAGGAUUCACCACAGGAUGCACCACAAGAUGCACCACAGGAUGCACCACAGGAUGCACCACAGGAUGCACCACAGGAUGCACCACAGGACGCACCACAGGAUGCACCACAGGAUGCACCACAGGACGCACCACAGGAUGCACCACAAGAUGCACCACAGGAUGCACCACAGGAUGCACCACAGGAUGCACCACAGGAUGCUCCAAAGGAAGUACCACAGGAUGCACCACAGGAUGCACCACAGGAUGCACCACAGGAUGCUCCAAAGGAAGUACCACAGGAUGCACCACAGGAACCACCACAGGAUGCACCACAGGAUGCACCACAGGAUGCACCACAGGAACCACCACAGGAUGCACCACAGGAACCACCACAGGAUGCACCACAGGAUGCACAAAAGGAUGUAGCACUGGAUGUACCACAGGAUGUACCAAAAUAUGUAGCACUGGAUGUACCACAGGAUGCACCACAGGAUGCACUACAGGAUGCACCACAGGUUGUACCAGAGGAUUCACCACAGGAUGCACCACAAGAUGCACCACAGGAUGCACCACAGGAUGCACCACAGGAUGCACCACAGGAUGCACCACAGGACGCACCACAGGACGCACCACAAGAUGCACCACAGGAUGCACCACAGGAUGCACCACAGGAUGCACCACAGGAUGCACCACAGGAUGCACCACAGGAUGCACUACAGGAUGCACCACAGGUUGUACCAGAGGAUUCACCACAGGAUGCACCACAAGAUGCACCACAGGAUGCACCACAGGAUGCACCACAGGAUGCACCACAGGAUGCACCACAGGAUGCACCACAAGAUGCACCACAGGAUGCACCACAGGAUGCACCACAGGAUGCACCACAAGAUGCACCACAGGAUGCACCACAGGAUGCACCACAGGAUGCACCACAGGAUGCACCACAAGAUGCACCACAGGAUGCACCACAGGAUGCACCACAGGAUGCACCACAGGAUGCACCAAAGAAUGCACCAGAGGACGCGGGAUACGCCCACCAUCCAACUAUUAUGAAGCCAAAUGAGCUACGUAACAGCAAUCCACGAUUAGCAGAACUCACUGCCAAACAGGAGUGUGGCACGUGUGGACAAGUGUUGAAUCAGAAGAGUCAAGGUAAAGUGCUUAUUUAA